ACCAAUAUGCCUUACCUUACCUUUCCUUGCCUAGGUACCUGAGGGUAAGUAGCGUGGUAAGGCAGGCACACGGUAAAGACAGAUAAGAUAAGCCCAAGGAAUCAUCACCGCGUGGAUCUGGCGGGGUUGGCACGUCCCAAGCCUUCAAGGCUGGGUGACCUCAUUGGCAUUGGAUCGGGAUUGAUUGCUCAUCCAGAAAUUCUACAGCUUGCCGGCCCACAAUCUGCUAUCCGUACGGAGUAGACCUCCUUUCUUUCCGAUAGCUGCACUUCAAUUCACAUCCUUGCGUUACCAUACUCUCAAAAGGAACAAAUCCAAGAUUCAUCCAGAACACCCAAUUGACACCGAAUCUUGUCCAACUUCCGCACAGAUCUAGCGCUUCACUCUUCACACAAGACACACCUACACGUCAUCACCAACACCACCAUGGCCGACGUAAAGACCGCCUCCGACCCUCCACCCGAUUACACAAAGGCCACCGAGCACCUCACCCGGCCACGAGCACCCUCCGCCGCAGCCGGCGGUCCCGGCGGCCCACGAGGGCCGCUGCCCCUCAACCUCCCCGUCCUCUCCUACCUCAAAACCAAGCGCGUCAUCCUCGCCUCUGCCUCCCCGCGGCGGCGCGCCCUCCUCGCCCAGAUCGGCCUCAAGGACCUCGAAAUCACACCCUCGACGAAGCCCGAGGACCUCGACAAGUCGGCCUACGGCCCUUACGAGUACGUCUCCGCCACGGCCCGCCAAAAGUGCCUCGACGUCUACGAGACGGCCCUGCAGACGCACCUCGCCUCCAUCCCGGACCCGGACCUCGUCAUCGCCGCUGACACCGUCAUCGUCACCCGCGACGGCCGCGUCCUCGAGAAGCCCCGGAGCGAGGCCGAGCACAUCAAGAUGCUGCGCCACCUGCGGGAUACCCGCGUGCAUAGGGUCCUGACGGCCGUGUGCGUCGUCGCGCCGAGGGAGGACGCCAGGUCGCCGGGCUACGAGAUUUGCCAGCACACGGAGGAGACCAAGGUCUACUUUGCGCAGGAGGCCAACGGCUUGCCGGACGACGUCAUCGAGGCGUACGUCAAGACAAGGGAGGGCGCGGAUAAGGCGGGCGGGUACGCCGUGCAGGGCAUGGGCGGCAUGUUGCUCGUCGAGAAGAUUGAGGGCAGUUUCGAUAACGUGGUUGGCUUGCCGGUGCGGCAAACGCUGGCGCUGGCGGAGAAGGCCAUCUUCAAGCAGGAUGAGGAGGAGGUUGCAGAAGACGAAGAAGAGGACCUGAUGUGAUUUGGUUUGCCCAAAAAAAGAAGAGAGAUGGAAUAGAGAGACCUGCUACAUACCCCCGGCCGCCUUCUCAAUACGAGGAGGAAACACAUUUAGAGAGGGCGCCAAAAGUUGAUGAGAUGCCCUGGUUGUUGGCCUUGAAGUUAGAUGACGAAAUGAGCUUCUUCAUCUUUACAUAUAGCUAAAAGCCGUGUUUACUGCGUAGCAAAAGCUCAUAAAUUAAAAAUAAUGAAGCGGGCUCACUUGUCAAUCACAAGC